AUUGCUUGCACGCUGCGGGACGUCACGGCUGUUCCAGCUGUGAUUGGUUGAUCAUCUUUAUUCUAUCUGUGCCUAUUCUUUUGAUAUUGGUAUUGAUAUUGACUCGUUUGUAAGAGUAAUUGAUAUUAAACACGACAGUGUACAGCGUAGGCUUACAUGGUACCACUUAUGAUUACGACAGAACAAGGGAGCAACUACUGAAGUCUCAUCAAGUUGGCCAGGGUAUUAACAUCAUGUCCAAGGCAAUCCGACACACGGAGUUGAAAAAGGUCAAUCAACGGAACCCGAAAAAGAAAAACAAACAAAAUCCUUGUUGUAACACUGUACAAUAUGUGGUAAUUGGAAACCGGUGCAUAAUUCAAGUGAAUGAACAUCCUCCAACUAUAGAGAGUUCAUACCCAGAAAAUCCUCCAAUAGUACAGACUUCAUGCUUUGACCAAGCUGCAACAGUUCAGACUUCAUGUCUGGACCCAGACCAUCCUCCAACAGUAGAGACUUCAUGUCUGGACCCAGACCAUCCUCCAACAUUACAAACUCAAUGUCUGGACGAUCCUCUAACAUUACAAACUUCACGUCUGGACCAUCCUCCAACAGUAAAGACUUCACGUCUAGACCAUUUGGAAAGCACUCGCUUUAAUGAAGGUGCCAAUAUACGUGACAACCAGAUGCGUCGACAUGGCCAAGAUGUACAGAACAAGCCUAUCCCGUCAGCACCUGGUCAGGUUGUACCAAACCAGCAACGUCAACCGACGCCUUUCGUACACAAGUACCUGCCGUUACUUAUUGAUGGACGUGGAGAACCUCCCUAACAAUGAAUCAAUAGACCAAAACGACCUUAUUGAUGUGUGGAAGUGUAUAUUGUUGGUCCCUAGACGAUGAUAUUAUACCCUUGUCACUCUCUUUACACGAUUGACAUUAGGUAUAUGCCGCUCAAUUUAUAUUCUCCAGCUGUGGUUAGAUGACAUUUAUUCAACUGACUGAGAAUUUUAGUUAAAAGACAAAAUGAACAAAACUACAAAGAAAGUUCAAUGUGUGUGUACUGUUUACUCCUAUAAUUUUACCAGUCAAAUGUUUAAUUCUAUUUCUUUUUAUAGAGGAUUUCAGUAUUUUGUCUUAACUUAAACAAUCUCAAUAGGACUAAUGGUACAAAGUUAAGUCCAAAGUAAUAACCGUUUAUUGAGAGUCCAACAGGAAACUUGUGUAUCAAGCCUUUGUAUCAAAAACACAUACAGAUCAAAUUCGGUGAAUAAUUUUAUGUUAUUUUUGUCAUUUAACAGACUGGGGUCAUGGUUUUAGAAUCCCCACAUAGGGGACUUUUAAGCUACAGUCUGUGUGAAUAUCACUGAUAUCAUUGUUAUUAUUUUAAAUGUUGCAUACCUAAGGAUAUUUCUUUAUGAUAACGGAGUUUUUUUAUGCGAGUUUUAUCAUUUUCAUCUUCAAAUGGUGAUAUAUAUGUAUGUAAAGGGUAUCCAAAAUGUGUGUGUCCAUUUUGAAUGCUGAUAACUUUUGAUGGAAUUCAAAUUAGAAACCAAUGAAUGUUUAACACAUAAUGUACUGUGUUAUCCAGUGAAUAUACCCAUGUCAUAUUUUUUUGCGUAUUAACACAUGUAAUAUGACCUAUCAGCCCUGAAAUCUGGAUUUCAACCUAGAGACUCUACAGUCAACCAACUGAUAUCAAUACAUAAUUUAGUUAUGGAUAACAUUGAUAAAGGUAAGGAUGUACGAUUAGUGUUUUGUGACAUAAGUAAAGCUUUUGACAGGGUCUGGCAUAAGGGUCUUUUGUAUCAGUUAAAAAAAAAUGGCAUAUCUGGUAAUUUGUAUAAAUGGUUUGAAAGUUAUCUUACUGAUGGAAACAAAGAGUUAUCUUUGAUGUUUAUAAUUCUACCUUUAAACAUAUAACUGCUGGUGUUCCACAAGGCUCAGUACUUGGACCCUUUUUAUUCUUACUUUUCAUUAAUGAUAUAACUCAUAAAAUAAAUACCAAUACAAAAUUAUUUGCUGCUGAUACGUCUCUCUAUGUUAUCGUUGAUGAUGAUAUUGUAACACCAACUGCUGAGUUAAAUGACGACCUUGAAUCUAUUAAUACUUGGGCUAAAACAAUGAAAAUUAAUUUUAAUUCUAAUAAAACAGUUGCACUAACUGUAAGUAAGAAAAAUAGGGUUCACCCUCCGUUGAUUUUUGAUAAUCAAGUAAUUCAAGAAAAUUUAUUCCAUAAACACUUAGGACUCAUAUUAAAUUAAAAUGGCACAUUAGGGGAUCAUAUUAAUGAUAUAUACAAUAAAGCAUGUAAACGGCUGAAUUUGUUACGUACGUUGAAACAUAAAGUGGAUAGGAAAACUCUUGAAGCAUUAUACUAUUCAAUUGUUAGACCAGUUUUGGAAUAUUCAGAUUCCAUUUGGGACAAUUGCACUAUUGUUGAAUCAAAUUUAUUAGAAUCUGUAUAGAUAAGCACAAAUUAAUUUUAAAGUGUAAAAUUAUAAAUCAUUUAACCCCUGAUUAUUUGUUCAAUACUAUUGAACCAUUCAUUAACCAACAGCAAACUAUUCAUUACCUGCGUCACCACAAAUUUUUCGAUAUCCCAAGGUCAAGAACUAAUAUUUGUAAUACAAGCUUCUUUCCUAGUACUAUGCAGGCAUGGAAAAGUCUUGAUCCUUCGCUGACCAGGUCAGUUAGCCUAAGUUCCUUAAAAGGGAAUCUUAAAAAUACCAUAGCUAAUCCUAUUGAAGCUAUUUCUGAUUUUUUUUUAAAUUGUAGCCCACGAAAAUUAAAUAUUUUUUUGUGCCAAUUAAGAAAUGAUGCAAGUGACUUGAAUCAUCAUAAAUUUAUAGAUUAUAGAACAUCUUUUAUCCCAGAUCCAGUUUGUGCCUGUGGUUCACCUGCUGAAAAUACAGAUCAUUAUUUUUUUACUUGUCCUAAUUACUCUAAUUCUAGGUAUUUAAUUCAUGAAAUUCAUGACCGUAUUGGUUAUUCCAAUUCAACUUUGUUAACUUCAGGUGAUAAUACCCUGUCAGAGGAUAUUGAUGAACUUAUUUCAACUAAUGUCCUAUACUAUAUAAAUGGUACUGAACGAUUUAAGAGAUGAUAAUAUAAUAAUUGAAUGAUUGAAAUUUACUAAAGACCUCUAUUAUUGUACAGUCUGGAUAUUAUAUAUAUCACUAUGACAUACAUAUGUAGUAACUUGUAAUAAUGUAGAUUACUUACUUACUUAGGCUGAGUACACAUCUUAUAUAUAUGUGUUGUAUGUGUGAGGGUAUGUGUGAGGGUGUGUGUGACAUGGAGGCAUGUGGGUAUGCAAGUAUGUAUAAGCUUGAGUAGAUGUUUACAUAUUUAAUUAUUAAACAUUACCCGAAGUAAUCAUUCAACUCUCUGAAUAUUGUGUAAUACUACCAUCAAUGCUUUCAUGUUAAAAUCUAUUUCUCUUUAUAUAAAUACAUUACUGUCUAUGAUAUCUAUUAUUUACGUUAAUCACUUUGACUUGUAUAUAUGUGGUACCUAUUGGAGAAGACUUAUAUAGGCGUGCCUGUUGUCC